UGAGCUGCUUCUGCUUCUGCUUCUUCUGAAACCAGGAAGUGUUUGUGCACAGGAAGGUGGCAGCGUCUGAGCCACAGACAGAGGACGGAACGAGCCCAGCAGACUGAAGAAGACAGGACCACCAGUCCACAGGGUCCACAGAGUCCACAGAGUCCACAGGGUCCACAGAGUCCACAGGGUCCACAGAGUCUACGUUGAGUCCUGGUUGAGUUCCAGUGUGUGCAGAGGGGCGGGGCUUCUCUGCUCCACCUCCAGCCUCGUCUGUGCAUCAUCACACAAACACCGUCCACACGCCCUGGACCGGACCGCACAUCCUGGACCAUUAGGACUGGACCGGACCAAAGCUCAACGAAGGAUUAGGACCUGACUGGACCGGACCCAACUGGACUGGACCACAGCUCUUGGAGGAUUAAGACCUGACCGGACCAUCUGCUUCUGAGGAUCCAUCUGGUCUAACCUGGUCCGUCUGGUCCAUCCCAGUCCAUCUGGUCUAUCUGGUCCAUCCUGGUCCAUCCCGGUCCAUCUGGUCCAUCCUGGUCCAUCCCGGUCCAUCUGGUCCAUCCUGGUCCAUCUGGUCCAUCUGGUCCAUCCUGGUCCAUCCCGGUCCAUCUGGUCCAUCUAGUCCCCCCUGUGCCUCCACAUAAACAUGGAUAAGUCGGAGAUGUUCGGUUUCAGUCUGGAAACCGACGACCGGACGGAUGCAGAGAAGUCUAGGGGGCGGGGUCAGAGUAAAGACUUCCUGGGCGUGGCCUCAGAGGAUGCCAAAGCUCCCAUGGACACAGACUACCAGGAGGAGCUGGAGCCCAGCAGACCUCAGAUCAGAUUCAACCUCAACUUUGACAAAGGGAUUCGAGGUGAGCGUCAGGAUGAGCGCUGCGACAUUGAAACCUUCCCCAUCGAGCGUGUGUUCGAGGCCGUGGCCAGUCGAGACAUCCGCCGCCUGGACGGACUGGAGCAGUACCUGCGCCGCAGCAUGAAGAAACUCAGCGACUCUCUGUAUCAGUCGUACGGAAAAACGCCGCUGAUGAAGGCACUGCUGCACCUGAAAGACGGGAAGAACCAGACGGUGGAGUUUCUGAUCGGUAUCGCCGAGAGGAUGGACGACGCCCACAAGUUGAUCAACGCGUCCUACACCAGCCCGUACUACAAAGGUCAGACCGCCCUCCACAUCGCCAUCGAGAGGCGGAGCCUGUCCUAUGUCCAACUGCUGGUCAGUAAAGGAGCCGAUGUCCACGCCAAGGCCUCUGGGACCUUCUUCCAACCGCACAACAGAGCCAGUUUCUACUUCGGUGAACUGCCCCUGUCCUUGGCCGCCUGUACCAACCAGCCGGACUUGGUGGACUUCCUGCUGGUGAACGAGUACCCGAACCAGAGGGCGGACCCUCGCCGGGCCGACUCCCACGGGAACACGGUCCUCCACGCCCUGGUGACGGUGGGCGACAACUCCCCAGAAAACACCGAGUUCAUCAGCAGCAUGUACGACCGCAUCCUGAAGACCACCGCAGACCUGCACCCCAAACUGAGGCUGGAGGACCUGCACAACCACCAAGGCCUGACCCCGCUCAAGAUGGCCGCCAAGACCGGCAAAACCGGGGUGAGUAGAGGAGGAGCAGGUCUGGACCAGGUCUGGACCACAUCAGUUCAGUAG